UCUAACAGCUGCAUAAUAUAAUAUGGCGACCGGCGCAAGCCCUCUAAGAGAUAUUGCACUUCCGCGAAUUUAGCCGCGAUCAUGGGCCGAAAAUCGAACUGUUGUGGACUCUCGUGGUUCGUCAACGAUGGAGUUGGCAUUGGAUGUGCGGUUUUCACGUAUUUACUCAUAGCUUAUGCUGAGUUUGUAGUAGUUUUUGUGAUGUUAUUACCAGAGGUGGUGACUGCAACUGGUUUUGCCUGGUUCCACGCCGUCUUUUUCACUCUUUUAGCGUGUCUGGCUCUUGUUGCUCACAGUCGGGCAAUGUGUAGCGAUCCAGGAACUAUUCCCCUGGGAAACUGUACAUCAGAAAAUUUGAAGAAGCUACAGUUAAAGGAAGGAGAAGUAGUUUUGAGAUGCACAAGAUGUGAAUGUAUUAAGAUCGAUAGAGCCCAUCAUUGCAGCACAUGUCAGAGGUGUAUUAGGAAAAUGGAUCACCACUGUCCAUGGAUAAAUAAUUGUGUUGGUGAAGACAACCAGAAAUUCUUUGUUUUAUUCACACUCUACAUUUUUGCGAUAUCAGUGUAUGCCUUGGGUUUAACAGUUAGACAAAUCCUGAUUUGUACUGAUAAAGAAUGGAACGCAGAUUGUACCUUUAUACCAGUGGCCUCUGCCAUUUUAUUGAUGAUUUUUCUAGUGUUUGAGGGAUUGCUGUUUGGAAUUUUCACGCUUGUUAUGUUCUGUACGCAAGUCACGUCUAUAGUGAAGGACGAAACGGUAAGUUCACUCUCAAAAGGAAAAGUAGGUAUGAUCGUACAGACAUGUUUUUUUCAUGUAAUACUGCACUGCAUUGUACAUUUUCCAUGCUUUUCUGAUUUUGAGUAGCUAGCUUUCUUUGGUGGAAAAGGGCUUUUAUGGAUGGAGAUACAUGUACUGUUGAGCUGAAGAGGAAUUCGUGUGUUACGAGUCUCGUAAACCGCUAACUUUGUCCGUAUUUUCAAAAGAGGAAGCUUAAGUCAGCAAGCAGAAUGGCGACUUUGGCCACACAUGCCCGGGAAAGACUCCCUUACAAAAACAUAGCGGGUGCUCG